AGUGAUUGUAAACAAACCGUUCUCUUCCUGUCCUGUUUGUAUUUAUUACCGUUAUAUUUUUGGAUUCCAUUGCAGCAUGCAGCGUCUCAGCCCAUUUUUCAUACUCUUAUCAAUAUUUGCAAACAAUUGCCAAAGUGAUGAUGGAAUGUGUAUGGCCAAAGAAACAUGCACCGAUGCACCCGAACCGGCAACUAACGUUUAUAAAGCUGCCGAUAAUAUAUACAUAAGGCAAAUAAACGAAGCCCUCGACACUUACAUUCCGUGCCAGUCGACCAACUGUUCCUGCCACAUAGACGUUCUUAUAUCUGAUCUCCGCCCGUUCAAAGCCGGCAUCAACGAGCAGAUGAUUGAACGGGCUCGAAGGUAUGGUACAAAGUAUCAGAUUGUUAACCAUCGAUUGUACCGCCAGAAAGAUUGUAUGUUCCCAGUGCGCUGUUCCGGAGUGGAACACUUCAUCAAACCAAAUCUAGCGACACUGUCCGACAUUGAGAUGAUAAUUAACUGCCGUGAUUGGCCUCAGAUAAAUCGCCACUGGGGACAGCAGGAAAAGCUACCCGUAUUGUCAUUUAGCAAAACUGACGAGUAUUUUGACAUAAUGUAUCCGACGUGGGGAUUUUGGGAGGGUGGACCAGCGAUUUCUCUCUACCCGACGGGACUCGGUCGAUGGGAUCAACAUCGUGUGUCAAUUAAGGAGGCAGCUCAGUCGUGGCCGUGGGAGAAAAAGAAAAAUCAAGCGUUUUUCAGGGGCUCAAGAACAUCUGACGAAAGAGAUCCGUUGGUGUUGCUAUCUCGGAGUAAACCAGAUCUUGUAGAUGCGCAAUAUACGAAAAAUCAGGCAUGGAAAUCACCACAGGAUACUUUGAAUGCUGAACCGGCCAAGGAGGUGCGACUUGAAGAUCAUUGCCAGUACAAGUUUCUGUUCAACUUUAGAGGAGUGGCGGCUAGUUUUCGCUUCAAACAUUUGUUCCUCUGCAAGUCGCUGAUUUUCCAUGUCGGUGAUGAGUGGCUAGAGUUUUUCUAUCCAUCACUGAAACCAUGGGUUCAUUACGUCCCUGUGAAAGUUGGUACCAGCCAAGGGGAACUGGAAGAGCUGCUACGGUUUUUCAUGGAGCACGAAAACGUUGCGCGGGAAAUCGCAGAACGAGGAUACGACCACAUUUGGAAUCAUUUGAGGAUGGAGGACGUGCAGUGCUAUUGGAGGAGAUUGCUAAGGCGGUACGGAAAGUUGAUAAAUUAUAAAGUUAAUCGAGAUACAAGUCUGAUUGAGAUAUACUGAGUGAUGGGUCGAGGUUGGAAUGGGUACAGAAUCUCACAAAGUGUCACAUUUGAAAAUGUGUAACAUUCCAAUAGGCAUUCUUUUCACACAUUAUGUAUUAUUAAAAUUUAGAUUACUUACAAAAUUGAAGUAAAAAUAAUGCUAUCAUGAUAAGAAGAAAUCACAGCAUUCGAUCUCCAACGCAUAAAUGUGGGACAGAAAUGUUAAUGUAAAAGUUAAAUAAAAAGCUAUAUCUUGUAA